UGUUCACUGAAACUUUGUGGAGCCUCACAGCACACAGCCGACCUGCCACAGCGGUGCAUGCUGGGUGAUAUUGAGGCAGGGUAGCAGCAGCAGCAGCCGGCUGACUCAACCUUCAGUUUCUGCCCCAGUUUCAGCCGUCCUGCGCUGUUCUGCCGGCUCCACCUGACCACACAUGGACAGCACCGUCUUUACCUGAGUCAUGGACACCAGCGGACAACAUCUCACGGUGUAGUCAGGAGGAUUUGUUGAUUGCCAGAGAACCAUGGAGCCAGAUGUCAUCCGCAUGUACUCCUCCUCUCCGCCCCCGAUGGAGGAGGGCACCGAGGACGAGGACAACGAGUUUGGAGACUUUGGCACCUUCUCUGGCGUCCCGAACAGCAUCAGCUUCACAGAGUUCGACACCCCGACCACUUUCAACCAGACCCAAGCUCUGACCGCCACCUCCCCGCCUGAGAUCCUCAACAACAGAGGGGUGGUGGGAUUCAGCCACAGCUCGUCCAACGGCACCCACAACCCCAACAACGAGCUGUCCAAGGCUAAUGGCGUGGUGCCAGCGGGCCACCUGGGCAGCGCUCCCUCAGAAAGAACUGAGAUGAAAAAGGUCCUCGCCGGCUCUCUGGAGCUCUCGGUGAGCGACACAGCCGGCAGUGAGCCCGCUGAUUGCAACGGCGGAGGCACCGAGGUGCUAACGAACGGGUUUGCAACCUUUGACGUUCAGGGAAGCCCUUCCUCGCAGAAUUCUGUCCACUCUCAUUUAAAAGGAACGUCCACUGAGGACACGGGCAGCCUCCCUGUCGGGAGCCCGGAGGACGAUUUUGCAGACUUUGCUGCUUUUUCCAAUGCUGAAGGACACCUCAGCCAGACGGCAAAUGAGGACUUGGAAAACCCCACAGGGGGCAGCUGGCUGCCGGAGCACUGUAAUAUAGCGCAGGAAGCGACUUCAGAGGACAAUGUCAGGGACACAAACAGAACUGAACCCGACACGUCCGGCUCUGAUUCCAUAUCUGUUCCUGCUGAGGCCCCGGACGGCUCGUGCAACACGGACCGGGGCGCUCACACAGACGCUGACUCUCCACAAAGGGACGUAGCCUUUGCACAGCAGCACUUGGCCUCAGAGGCAGUUUGCACUAACAAACCCGUCACUCUGAACGGGGUGGAUGUAGCCGACAGGGACGAGUCCAAAGACGCGGCGGGCUGCAGUGAAAACGACCUCUCACCUGAUGCAGCUGGAGAUGGUGAGAUGGGACAGAUGGAUGGGAAGGGCUCCGGGAACGACACCGAGACCGAAACAGAGACGGAGACGUCAUUCGGUCGACCGCUGUCAACAGACGCUCUGGAGGAAUACGGCGACAUGAGCACCACGGGCUCCGUGCCGUCUCCGCCCCUCCAAGGGGAGACGGCUACACCCGCCGACCACAGCCAGCUGGCAGAGGACGACGAGGACGAGGACUUUGGGGAUUUUGGAGACGCCGGCUCGUUCAGCGGUCAGGGCUUUGCCGACUUUGAUCAUCUGGAUGUCCAGCAGGAGCAGAGCAGGUCGCACAGCUCGGCCCCGGCACAGGAAGCUACAAACUCCAAGGACGACGACGACUUCGGCGACUUUAACUCCCCCAAAUUCCACACAGGUGGAAACGACGGGGAGGGUGGAGGCAAGUUUGCAGAAUUCCCCGUCAGUGACAGUUUUGGGAAUUUCAGCUCGGCUGCUGAAGGCGCAGACGGAGAGGCGGACGCAGGGUGGAGCGCCUUCGGGGAGCAGCAGCAGCAGGUGGAGGGGGAGUCCUGGGCGGCGUUCAGCACAGAGCAAAGUGUCGCUCCUCCUGCAGAGAGCAGGGAGGAGCAGCAGCAGGAGGUGGAGGAGGAGGAGGAGGAGGAGGAGGAGGAGUGGCAUGAAAGUGAACCAGCUGCUGCCAGCGAGGAGGCCAGCAGGACAGACAGACAGUCGGCGUCUCUGUCGAGCCGUCUGGAGAAGGUGUUUCAGAGCAGCUUCCCGCAGACUGCCGUCCCGUCGGUGGAGGACGAGGUGACGUCCCUGAAGGUCCUGCUGGGGCCUCCGGAGGACAAACUGCAGCCAGGAGCCGAGGACGACGGCAGGUCACCAUGCAGCAGGUCGGUGCGUGGCGCCGUGUGGACGCAGCUUCAGGACAUCCACGAGGCGCUGGGCCUCAGAUACCAGUGGGGGGGCUCCCACUGCAACAAAGCACUGCUCUGCUGCCUCGGCAUCGACACCAGGAACAUCCUGUUCACAGGACAGAAGAAGCAGCCGGUCAUCGUGCCCAUGUACGCCGCCAGCCUGGGGAUGCUGGAACCAACCAAAGAGCCCGUGAAGCCCGUUUCUGCAGCAGAGAUGAUCGCUUCCAUAGCCCAGGCGCCUCCAGUGGCUCCAGAGAAAAGCUCCUGCCCCUCAGACUCGGUCCAGCAGGAGGCGCUCCCACCCGUCCAGUUCGACUGGAGCAGCAGUGGCCUUACCAACCCUCUGGACGCGAGCGGAGGCUCGUCUCUCUUAAACCUGGACUUCUUUGGUCCUGUGGAGGAUUCAGGCUCCACCAGCUCGCCCUCCAUCCCAGGCGUCGACCCCGAGCUCUACGAGCUGACGACGGCCAAGCUGGACCCGGGCAGCUCCGGCAGCCGGGUGGCGGACGCCUUCGCACGCCUGAUGUCCACCAUGGAGAAGACGAGCACCUCAACCAGGAAGCCGAGGAAGGAGGAGAAUCUGAGCGAGGAGGCGGCCAAAGUGAUCGCCGGUCUGCCCGAUCUCUCCUUCAUGCAGGCCAAAGUGCUGAUGUUCCCCGCCACGCUGACGCCGCUCGGCUCGCAGGCCACGCCAGACUGAAACCCCGCCCCUUUACACUGACAUCACCCCCGACCCCGCCCACUGACUCGGUCCAUUUUUAUAAAGUCGUUGUCUUCUUCUUCUUCUGUUCUGUUCCGUUCUCUCUCUCUGGCUGCGGCUCACUUCCUCACUCGGUUUAU